AUGCCGAGCUCAUCCUCGCCCAUCGAAAUCGCCACGAGCCGGCAGAACUCGAGUUCGCCGCGCAACCAAACCUCCAACCUCACCUCGCAGCUGCAGCAGGAAACCACCCAGCGCAAUAACGGCUCCAUGGCCGCUCCUCCCCUCAACGGACAUUCAGACGCCAAGGGCAGGCAGGAAUCGGUCAGUAUGCUCGGGACCACGCCGUAUGGCGCACGACAGAUCCCCGCGGCGGCUGGCGGUCGUCGUGAGAGCAGCUACAACCUAUCCAACAGCCUGGUUGGUGGUAUGAGCUGGGGAGGAAUCUCCAUGGGCAGUUUUAUCAAAGACGAUAUCCUCAUGGCCGGCACGUCACCUUGCAACUUCCAAUCACCAUCAUUCCACUCAUCAUCAUAUCUGCCAAAGAUGGAGGCAAAUUACAUGAGAGACUAUGUCUGCUGCGACAUCCACCUCGACUCGAUGCACGAGCUGCUCCAACACUACGAAGAGGCGCAUGCGGCGCAACCGACACAAACGAUGGGUCGUACACCCAAAGAUCAGCAAUACCCCAGCAGCCGAGCCGCAAACGCAACAAGCACUGCACAGGCCGUUCAACAACAAGCGCAGACACAUCUGCCACAACCACCGAACAUGCCACAGAACCCGAACUAUCCUAUCAACGCCCAAUCACCAUUAUUCAGCGGUCAAAGCAACGACCAGAUCGGCACAUUUGACAACCUCGAUGACAUGGACAUGGACGAAGGGACACCGGCACCUCAGAUGCAUCAGUCUCAAGGCUCGCAGUUCCAGCCGCAGCCACAGUUUGGUCGCCAGCAGCCACGAGGUCCGUCAGUCAAUGUCAACCUCGCAAAUGCCUUCCAAGGCCAAGGUCUAAACUCUGCAACCCCUACCACCCCCCAUGCUAAUCCUCAAGGCAUGGGCUUCUCCAGCAACCCCACAGUCUCAUCGGUCAACACCCCCACUCUAUCAACGCAAACGACAUCACAGUACACUGGCACGCCAGAUCCGUCACAACCCAGCACACCUGCCGAGCUCGAUCCUGAUUUCCUCGCUCAAAUGAACAACCUCACAAAUGUCGAUUACGCGCAGCUCGUGCCCGGUAACAUGGACUUUGGCAGUUUCAAUACGGGCAACAUGAACAAUGGUGGGUCUGCGACAAUUGACAACCCUGAGAAGCGGCUGCUGAGCAAACAAGGCUACGGAAACAAGGGCUUGCCCAAUCCUGCAUUCACCAACGCAGCGAACAGCGAGCUAUCCAAACGAGUCCGUGAAAACCAAUUGCUCAACGGCUUGGCUGGCGUCGGCGGUUUCGUUGGCGAAGAGAUCAAGCCUUUCAAGUGCCCGGUCAUCGGCUGUGAGAAAGCAUACAAGAACCAGAACGGCCUCAAAUACCACAAGCAGCAUGGUCACCAGAACCAGCAGCUCAAGGAGAACCCAGACGGAACAUUCUCCAUCGUGGACCCUGCGACAAGUAUUCCAUACCCUGGCACCGUCGGCAUGGAGAAGGAGAAGCCAUAUCGAUGCGAGGUUUGUGGCAAGCGAUACAAGAAUCUCAACGGCUUGAAGUACCACCGCCAACACAGCCCGCCCUGCAAUCCAGAACUCAGGAAUAACAUCGCCAAUAUGCCUGGAUUGCCGAACAACCUCCAAAACAUGAGCGCCAAUGUUGCCGGCGUGCCGAUGUCCAUGAGCGAAGGUAUGGGCUACUGA